AUUACCGAGCCAGGAUCCUAACAGAGCAGAGACAGCCGAAGGGAGACGAGCUGAGCCAAACCGUGAAGUCUUCAAAAUCCAUCAUCAUCCGCUGCGAUAAAAAGACAAGCGCUGUUAAAAACCAUCGAGAGCAUAAAGUUCACACUUCGACCUUUCUAACGAGCUACGUAUUGUCACAUUAUGACGUUAUUAGUGUUUUAAAACAAGUGGCGAAAGAUUUGGAGAGCCGAUUUCAUCCGGAGACGACCCACAGAAGGAACAAUUCAACGCCCUCAGUGAUUAAAUGUGUCCGUGUUUCUGCCUGUUUUAAUUUUUGAAAACCUUUGGCUCAAUAACUGAACAUUUUUUUGGGAUAUUUUUGGAGCUAGCGAGCUUGCUAGCCGACAUAAUGGAGUUGAGAGUGGGAAACCGAUACAGACUGGGCAGGAAAAUAGGAAGUGGAUCAUUUGGAGACAUUUAUCUGGGUACUGACAUCUCGGUCGCCGAGGAGGUCGCCAUCAAGUUGGAAUGUGUGAAGACCAAACACCCACAGCUCCACAUAGAGAGCAAAAUCUACAAGAUGAUGCAGGGCGGAGUGGGCAUUCCUACGAUAAAGUGGUGCGGGGCGGAGGGCGACUACAACGUGAUGGUGAUGGAGCUGCUGGGCCCGAGUCUGGAGGAUCUGUUCAACUUCUGCUCGCGCAAGUUCAGCCUGAAGACGGUGCUGCUGCUCGCCGACCAGAUGAUCAGCCGUAUUGAAUACAUCCACUCCAAGAACUUCAUCCACAGAGACGUGAAGCCCGACAACUUCCUCAUGGGGCUCGGCAAGAAGGGCAACCUGGUUUACAUCAUCGACUUCGGCCUCGCCAAGAAAUACCGCGACGCCCGAACGCAUCAGCACAUCCCGUACCGCGAGAACAAGAACCUGACCGGCACCGCCCGCUACGCCUCCAUAAACACACAUCUGGGCAUCGAGCAGUCCAGACGAGACGACCUGGAGUCUCUGGGUUACGUCCUCAUGUACUUCAACCUCGGCUCUCUGCCCUGGCAAGGCCUCAAAGCCGCCACCAAGAGGCAGAAAUACGAACGCAUCAGUGAGAAGAAAAUGUCCACGCCCAUCGAGGUCCUCUGCAAAGGCUACCCAUCGGAGUUUGCCACCUACCUGAACUUCUGUCGCUCUCUGCGGUUCGACGACAAACCUGACUACUCGUACCUCCGUCAGCUCUUCAGGAACCUCUUCCACCGACAGGGCUUCUCCUACGACUACGUGUUCGACUGGAACAUGCUCAAAUUUGGCGCCAACAGGGCCGUGGAGGACGCCGAGCGGGAGCGUCGUGAGCGAGAGGAGAGGCUGAGGCACGGCAGGAAUCCCGCGGCUCGGGGCAUGGCUUCGGCCUCAGGGAGAGCAAGAGCCACUCAGGAAGUUGCAGCCCCCUCCCCCCUCAACCCUGCCUCACACACAGGUUUGGAGAAGGAGAGGAAGGUGAGCAUGCGUCUUCAUCGUGGAGCACCGGUCAACAUCUCCUCCUCAGACCUGACGGGACGACAGGACUCCCGCAUGUCCUCACAGGCUCUGUCCCGGGUCACACCGAGCGGCCUCCAGUCUGCGGCUCCACGGUGAAACCCCUCCCCCUUUCUUCACCUGUGCACCAUGGAGGCCUCAACACGCACCACCUGCAGCACACACACACACACACACACACUCACACUCAGACACACACACACACACACAGAGGACGACCACCAACUGAUGCACGAGAGUUCGGCUGCGCUCUCGUUCCCUUCACAGCGGAGUGUGUGUGUGUCUGUGUGACAGAGAGAGAGAGAGAGAGAGAGAGAGAGAGACGGGCGGGUGGAGCACACUCUGGUUGCCUUAACAACGUCGGCAAAGUAGCAGCCACAUCCUCCCUCCUUCCUACCCCCUCGCCCCCCGUGGAAGAAACACUCCCCCCUCCUCCUCCUCUUCUUUAAUGUUGAUGAAGCCAUGGAUCCUCUGGCGUCUUUUUCUUUUCUUUUUUUUUACUUUGAUUUUACUUAUUUUAGUUCUUUAGCAUUAACGCUCCUCUGGUCGUUCUUCACAGGAGAUUGGAGAGUCAGCUGAUGGGAAAACGUGUGUGGGACGUUUUUUUAUUUUUAACAAUGAGAGCAUGAAGACGCGUGAUGGGCGUGUCUGAGGACGAGGCCUGAGGGUCCUGUUUUGUGUCCUGAGAGUCGCCACAGCUCUUUGUUU